AUGAAGCAGGUUGUCAAGACAGUGGUUCUGUGCCUGGCCCUGAGUCUAGGAAGAUGCGAUGAAGAAGUAACCCCAGUCAACCAAGCUGCCCCAGAGGAAUCAUCCUUAGCAGACUGGGGCAUUGGGACUAUCAGAGAUGGCUUUGAAACCAUUAAUGGCUAUUUUGACUCUUUUUUAGAGCUGCUAGGAGGAAAAAAUGGGAUUUGUCAGUACAGAUGUAGAUAUGGGAAGGCUCCAAUGCCCAGACCGAACUACAAGCCACAAGAGCCCAAUGGCUGCAGCUCCUACUUCCUUGGUCUCAAGGUACCAGAAAGUUUGGAUUUAGGCAUCCCUGCCAUGACUAAGUGCUGUAACCAGCUGGAUGUUUGUUACGACACCUGCGGAGCCAACAAAUACCGCUGUGAUGCUAAGUUCCGCUGGUGUCUCCACUCCAUCUGCUCAGACCUCAAAAGGAGUCUUGGUUUUGUCUCCAAGGUUGAAGCUUGUGAAUCUGUAGCAGAUACAGUGUUUAACACUGUCUGGACUCUGGGCUGCCGACCCUUCAUGAACAGCCAAAGAAGUGCCUGCAUUUGUAAUGAGGAAGAGAAAGAGGAACUUUGAAGAGCACAGCCCUCUGGCCAGAGAUGACCUCAUGCAUUCCAUCUCUGUUGCAGCUCUUUAGCAAGCCAUUUUCCAUCAGCCCUCUGAACUGGAGAAGUUAUGAUUGUA